ACACACACACUGCCUCAGCUGCAGCUUCCUGAUACAGAGAGGCCUCCGUUUUAUUUAUUUAUUUUUAAUUCUGGAUGGAAAUGUCCUGCACCAUCAAGCCCCGGACAUCUUUCCUCAUCGAGGACAUCCUGUCCACUGAGGACAGUGCAGCAGUGGACAACAAGUGCUGCUCGGUGAAGACGGACAGAUGUUGGGAAGAGGAAUCUGAAAAGCUGUCAGCUCAGUCUUAUUCUCAGGAGUCCAUGUUUGGAAUGCAGACAGAGUCUCACUCACCUUCUCCGCGCUCCUCGGAGUCCAGUUUCUUCUCCUCUGGGAAGCAGAAGCGCUCCAGAGCGGCAUUCACACAUCUCCAAGUGCUCGAGCUGGAGAAGAAAUUCAAUCACCAGAAAUACCUGUCGGCCUCAGAGAGGGCCCACCUGGCCAGCACCUUGAGACUAACCGAGACCCAGGUGAAGAUCUGGUUUCAGAACAGGCGCUACAAAACCAAACGGAAGCAGCAGUCACUGGAGAGCUGUAAGGACGUGUACAGAGCAGGUGGACUGGGUCUGAGGGAGGAUUUGGUCCGAUCCUCGUUAAUACCCUCCUUCUGUAAAGCCUAUCAAUACAGACCCUAUCUGUGGGACUACAGUGGCGCCUGGGGCCCCGUGAUGUGGUGAAAACGAGUCAGGGUUUAUAACAUUUGCUAAAUACUUCGUGUUAGAACUUUAGAUUGACGUUUGUUGUUAUUUUCUCCUCUGUUAAAUGAAUGCAGUAACUUCAGCAGGCUGUCUUCAUGAAAAGAUGUACACUGGGAUUUGUACAGUGAGAUAAAUGAAGUUGUGCUGCAUUCUUUAAUAAAUUAUUGUUGAUACAA